UAUCAAUGACGUCAUUCCAUUCAAUUGAUCCAGUUGUCGUAUAAAAGUUAUGAAUUAAAAAAAAAAAAAUUAUUGUGAUUGUCACUUGAAUAAUGAUGAAGAAGAAUUCUAAACAAUGCGGAUACCUUUCCUUGCAACAACUGUCUGCUAUCAAAAAAAAUGCAAGGAAAAUUCGUCGGAAGCGACGGUCCUCUUGCGACACCGCCAGUCGGCAUAGCAGCAUCAUCGAUGGCGACAACAUACCGACAACUAAAUCAUAUGCGAGAUACAGCUUCAGAGAAACAAUAGACACCGUACUACCAAGGUCUUCAAAACCGACAUUUCCAGGCAAAGUUCCUAAAUUAUUGAAAGAUGUCGUAGUUAAGAGAGAGCGUAAACCAUCAACAGUAUGCCAAACCUUCGUUGUUGGAAAUCCUGGAGCUAUGGAGCCUCUACCCAUUAUACCCCCAAUUGUGAAGUGUCCAAGACUUCAUAAAAAUGGAAGUGUUAUUCCUUACAGCAGUCUGGUUGACCAUAAUGAAUCUCUGACGUACCAGCAUUCUGUUGAGACGACUGUGUAUGCUUUGCCCAGACAACCGCAGUGUGAGUGUCCUUCUGAAGGCAGCAGUGUACAGACGAAAGCUCUGAACCAAUGGACGAAGACUUUACAGCAGAGAGAUCGACAGAUGAAUCACGUGAUGGAGGUUACCAAGACACCUAAAGAGCGUUUGUUGAUGAGUGAGACUAAAACAGAUUAUGGCUACAGCUUGAAGGUCAAGGACGUGUGGAUCAACAGUGUCGUGGAACAAACCUACGUCUUGAAAUCAGAGGAAGAAUGCAUUGUGCCGUACUAUUCCAUGUAUACAAAACAACCCACACUUGCAGACGUUUGCCAAAAACGAACAGAAAGUCCAAAAGAUACUGAAAUUGUUGCAUUACCUGAUGCCAUUAGAGUAGAAAAAGGCGCACCACCAGAUAAACUGAAAACUCUUCUAUUCUGUCCUCCUGCCGAUUUCCCUGAUUUCUGCCAGUUGGAUGUGAAGGGGCAGUCUUUGCUACAGUCUCCAGAUGACGACGAGUCAUCUUUAUCUACACGUCCAAGUCAUCGUUACAGCCUGAAAAUGUCCAUACAAAAAGGCAGGCCAAGUUUGAGUGUAAAUGGUAACAUGUAUACCUGGACAGAGGAGCCAGAUUGCAACAUGGAAGUCACUAAAAUCUAUAUGACUGGACACCCCGGCGAGCUGCUCAAGUCUCAACUCACAAUCGUCAACGAGGGGACCACCAGUGUCUACUUCGACUGGGAGUUACCAAGUGAAAAGAAAGACACGUUUGGUUUGAACCAUCACAAACAUUAUAAAUUCUACCGCCAUGGCAGAGACAAGUGUCUUGCCCCAGGUGAAUUUAUUCAAAUGCCCGUCCUGUUUCGAAGCCGUUACUCUGGAAUCUACAACCAAACCUGGAAAAUCUUCACUCGACCACGACUGGGUUGCGGUAUGGACAUUGAGAUACAUCUUUCUGGAGUCGUACUCCCUCGAGAUGACCACCGGAUCAGAGAACAAAUUAUUGAGAAUUUGGAUAAGAAAAUAGCGACACAGAUUGCUCGAGACAUCGUUGAUGAAAUGCUCUUCUGUGUGGCGUGCUCUCCAAAAGCUAGCAGGUCGCAGUUAUUCAACAUGAUACAGACCCGCAUGACUGACGUCGAGUUUGAAAAUCUCAAUACUGAGCUUCACUACCACAGUAAGUGGUACAGCCGUGUGAACGAGAUACCAAAUCGGUUGGAGCUAAGUCUUGACAGACUCUCCCAGUGUAGCAAGAAAUAUGUCAGUCAGCAGGAGACCAUACUGUCUAUUCCUUGUGUUAAAAAGAUUAUCGACGGCGUCCCAGUAGACAGUGAAGAGUUGAAGCAGGCACUGCUGUUCACGCUGAACACCUCUUUGACCUGGAUGAACUUCACAGUACCGCAGCCAAUAUACAUAAACAUGAAUUACAAAAUAUGUUUUGAAAUUCUGUCUGUGACAAUAGAUGAAAUUGUGUCCGUGUCGCAGUGGAUUAAGAGUAUUCUUCCUAGUGCAGAUCUUCCUCAAACGGAGGCUGGCAAAUCUGACAUGUGGUUGGACACUGAAGGAAAGUUCUCUUUAAAAAAUCUGGUUGGUACCGCAACUCCAAGUGGAUCAGGUUUUGGUACCAAAGCUGCACGUGGUACUCGGUUUGGUUCCACAUCACCACGUGGUUCACGCGUUAAUUUAAAAACUCGAAGUGGUUCACGGUUUGGUUCCACAUCACCGCGUGGUUCACGCGUUGAUAUAAAAACUCAACGUGGUUCACGUGUUGAUAUAAAAUCUCGAAGUGGUUCACGUGUUGAUAUAAAAUCUCGAAGUGGUUCACGUGUUGAUAUAAAAACUCGAAGUGGUACAUAUAUUGGUGCUAAAGCUGCAAGUGGUAUGCGUGUUGGCAGUGGACACAUGGAAAUGAAUGAUGAUGAUGACGCAACAGACCAACUUAGUUGUAUGAAAAUAUUUCAGAUGUCAAAACCAGCGACAAAAUAUCAUCAAAAGUUUUAUAUCAUGGUUUACCAAUUGCUUGGCAAUAUGGCUGAUGAAAUAGAGAGAAGUUUGGAUGCCGUGAAACUCUGUAAACCAUUGUACGAGCAACUCGAUCUGACUCAGUAUUUGACACAGAUGUUUAAGCGAAGACUGUCAAAGCAAAAAGAUGGUGAAUUCCCAUGCUGAACAAAUUAUAUUAAUUCUUCCAGGCCUGGUGGUUAUAAAACUUUUAGAGUAUAGACUCGAGACUAAUAGAGCCUGAGACAGUAAUGGCAUGACAACGCCAUACAAGUUGUAUGCGUGUGACGUCAUUAAAGCUUGAGUCCAGACUUUAAAGGUUUUAUAAACACGGGCCCAGGUUUCAAUAAAAUUAGCGGACAUUUCUUUAUGAACAGAUAUGUAUUUUUUAUAUGUAUUUAUUGUAUUUAUUAUUAUUAUAUUUAUUAUAAUUAUAUUUAUUUUUAUUAU